AUGGGUAAGAAGAAAGAAACCGCCAAGGGCGGCGACGCGGAGCAGAAGCUCCGUAUUGCCAUCGUCAGCGCAGACAGGUGCAAGCCGAAAAAGUGCAAGCAGGAGUGCAAGAAAUACUGCCCGGUCGUAAGAACCGGGAAGAUGUGCGUCGAAGCAGACAGGGAUAGCAAAAAUGCAUGGAUCUCCGAGUCACUCUGUAUCGGUUGCGGUAUCUGCGUCAAGAAGUGCCCCUUCGAGGCAAUCAACAUCAUCAACUUGCCGAAGGACUUGGGUAUAAUGAUAUUUGUUAUUUCAACAUAUUUCAGAAGAAGAAACUUCUGACGCCGUUUGACAAUCGAGCGUAGCAAGAUGCGGGCGGUACUACCGUGCUUUAUCCUUCCGAGAUGAAUUACCCGAUGAGAAAAAAAUCAAAAAAUUAGGUAAGGAAACCACGCACCGAUACGGGCCAAACACGUUCAAGCUCCACCGAUUACCCAUGCCACGACCCGGGCAGGUGCUGGGUUUAGUAGGAACCAACGGAAUCGGAAAAUCAACCGCAUUGAAAGUCCUUUCGUGCAAAUUGAAGCCAAAUCUCGGAAGGUACGCUUAGCAGAAUUUAUUUGCAGACUCUAUUACUAUUUCUCCAUCGGCUGUUUCUGCUGCAUGCUUGGCGAUGCAUGCGACGACAGAUUGUUCGUACCACACUGCGCUGGUGGUCGGGUAGACUAGAAGUUGGUUAUUCAAGAAAGACGACCACACAAACUUCAAAACAGGUACGACGAGCCACCAGACUGGUCAGAAAUCUUACAGCACUUCCGGGGAAGCGAACUGCAGGCGUUCUUUAGCAGGAUGUUGGAAGACAAACUCAAAUCAACAAUCAAGCUGCAGUACGUCGAUCAGCUUAAGAACAAGGUAUGUAUAAGAUUGCUCAUCUUUUUUUAUGGAAGAUGCGGGGACAGCGAGAAUUUCUUGAAAAAACGAGUUGCCGACAUCGCUCCCAUUUAGGAAAUUGAAAUCGGCUGUAUUUCUCCUGGGAAUUAUUCCUCGCCGAUUGAUUUUAGUCCGAAAAAAAAAUUCAUAAAACCUCAGAUCGCAGGAAAAGUCGGCGAGAUUUUGGAAAUGAAGGACGAGAGAAAAGUCGCCGACACGCUUUCAAAAGAGCUCGAAAUUGACCAUUUGCUCGACCGUGAAGUGAAGGACCUAUCCGGUGGAGAAUUGCAAAGGUAUUUUUUACCUUGUAUAAUGCAGAGCUUCGCAAACUUUCCCAAAAUUAAGUAGAGUGGAAUUUGUAAUGCUGAUAAGCGUGAUACAAGACUACUUUACCACGCUGUACUUUCCAUUAUCAGGUUCGCCAUCCUGGUUGUGGCGAUUCUGGACGCCCAGGUGUACAUGUUCGAUGAACCUUCCUUAUCAAAUGCAAAAAUGUCUGGGUCUGGAAACUUGUGAUGCUGAGUGGCGUAGCAUGAGGAGGCCACGAGUGCUGGCUCAGCAUGACAAGUUUCUGAGCUUGUAGGUGUUGCCUAUUCUGCAUGACAAACUGCGUCUCCGCAUGACAGAAAAGUGCGGCUCUUGGGCAACGUGCAUGACAGAUUUAAGAAUCAUGUCAGACAAGCAUGACAAACAUGCAUUCUUCCAGACCCAGACACUUUUACAUUUGAUAUUCCUCCUACCUGGAUGUAAAGCAGCGACUGGCGGCCUCCCGUGUGAUUCGAACGCUCAUGCGCGACGACAACUACAUCAUUGUCGUAGAGCACGAUUUGGCCGUGCUGGAUUACUUGUCCGAUUACGUCUGCUGUCUCUGGGGCGCCGCCGGCGCAUAUGGUGUGGUGUCCGUGCCGAGCAGCGUGCGAGAAGGUAUGAGAAACUUAAAGUUAAAAUUGUUUACUUGUAGAUGCUAUAUCGCGGUGUGUACAAGCAGUUGCACGUUGCGUGUUUAAAAUUUGAAUUUGUUCUGUCUGUUUUGAAAGCACGCAUCGCUUUCGCUACUAAAGUCCAAGUUGCAACACUUCCGACAACUGACUAAACAGGCAUCAACAUCUUCCUGGACGGUUUUCUCCCCUCGGAGAACUUGCGGUUUCGCGAGGUCUCCCUGACCUUCAAAGUCUCCGCCGACGACACCCUUGUGAAAGAACGGAUGCACAACGUACCCUACCCCGCGCUGGUAAAACAAAUGGGCGAAAAGGGCAAGGGCUUCAUAUUAGAGGUGGAAGCGGGGAACUUUUGCGACAGUGAAAUUAUCGUCAUGCUCGGGCAGAACGGAACCGGGAAGACAACUUUCAUAAGGUACUACUGCGGAGUAUUGAUUUUUGUUGCAGCAGUUGCCGUGUUGUGUUACAUUUUCGUCCCGAACAAGGAAUUGCAUGUUGCUCUUGGUUAUGUAAAUUGCUUUGCACUUGUGUCUCAAUUUCACCAAAACCAACGAUCUCAGAAUGCUCGCGGGUCUGCUGAAAUCUGACGAGGCAGAGGAGGAGCUGCCGAAGAUGAACGUGUCCUACAAGCCGCAAACCAUCACCGCGAAGUUUCAGGGCACGGUCGAGCAGUUGCUACUCGGGAAGAUUCGGGAGUCGUAUCUGCAUCCCCAGUUCCAGUCCGACGUGGUCAAACCCAUGUUGAUCGAGCAAAUCAAGGACCAGGAAGUGCAGCACUUAUCAGGUACUACAGGAGGAAUUUUUUUGCAUGUUGCAAUAUAUAAGCCGGGAUCUUUACUUCGGCUAGGUACGCCCGCAUGUGACAACAAUAGCGAAUAACUGUUUGUGAGUACACCUCAGAAGUGCCCAAGACAUAAAACCCCUCAUCAACUUCGUCCACAGGUGGAGAGCUCCAGCGCGUGGCCCUGGUGCUCGCGCUCGGAAAACCGGCAGACAUGUACCUAAUCGACGAGCCGUCCGCCUACUUGGACGUCGAGCAGCGUAUCGUCGCCGCGCGAGUCAUCAAGCGGUACAUCCUCCACGCGAAAAAAACCGCCUUCAUCGUCGAGCACGAUUUCAUCAUGGCCACGUAUUUGGCCGAUCGCGUCAUCGUCUACGAGGGUACGCCCGGUGUGCGGUGUACGGCCACCACGCCGAAGAGCUUGGUCGAGGGUAUGAACCAGUUCUUGCAGCAGUUGGACAUCACCUUCCGACGCGACCCGACGAAUUACCGACCAAGGAUCAAUAAAAUGCUCUCCGUGAAAGACCGGGAGCAGAAGGAAAUCGGGAAGUACUUCGUGCUGGAAGACUAA